AUGCCACGCUACCUGGGAAUCGACUUCCUCGCGGAUGCAUUACGACAGCGCAAAAACAUGCUUUCCCAGAUGCUUCUCACAAUACCGAGCAAUUUGGAGUAUGUAGACACGUACACCCAUAAUGAAACAGCUAGUGAUAGGACACGACUUAUUCCUCGACUGAAGGGUAAAGAAGAGAUGUUUAAUAAUUCUUAUGAAGCUAUUUUAAGCGCUUCUUGGUUGUCAAGUAGACAACCCAUUGACUACCUGGCACAGAUCACAGAAAUCUCAGGCAACAUCCAGCGGCCUGUGGCCUACAGCUCAGAGAAGACUGGGAAAGACAUUGUCCCAAGCUCCAACCCAGACUCCCCUUUGGUAUCCUUUGAUAUGUGGUCUGAUCUUGAAGAGGAAAUCGUGGAUCAGGUCAUCAGCUCAUUAGCACCAGACAAAGAACAGUUUACACCAAUCGAUGAAAAGUCUGACGAUGACUCUAUGAAACUAGAAGAAGUGGAAUUCACAGACAACCUCUAUUCCAUUCGCCAGAAGAUUCCUGACAUUAACGUCCUAGCUUCAAGGUUGAAAACGAAACUUGUUCAAGACCCUCUUUUGUUGGACAGCCAUGGUAAUCCCUUGGAAGAGAAGAGCCUUUUGAGAUCGGAAAUUCAGGCGUCUUUCAGGGGAAAAAAUGCCGAAGGACUAGGACAGGAGGACAAGGAAAUGUUUUUAAAGAUAUAUUGCGGUGACAAUGUGAAUGAGAAUGAGGAUGAAAUCGAAGACGUUUUCAGUCCAGAAAUCACAUCAAAAGAUGCAUUCUGUGUGAAAGAGACGCUCAGAUUGCUUGAUCUACAUGAAAAGAACGAGCUUGUAGGGGAGAAACCUGAGCUGCUGUUACAGCAACCCACUCACACAGGUGUUGAAACUCUCACAGGUUCUGAGGAGAGCAGUGAAUUAAAGACAAAUGAUUUUGUGAAAUUAAAUGAAGGAGAUCAAACCAACGCUUGCGAUGUCUUGGAGGAUCAGCAGUUACUGGAAUCUCCAUCUCAUCUUCCAACUGUGGCGGAGAAUCACAGCAGCAAGAAGUUUAUUAGUAGUUUGCAACCUUUUAAAUUAUCUACUGAGAUAACUAGCCCGCCGCUGUCACCCAACAAGGUCAAGCAGUGUGUACAAAACAUAUGGGAAAAUGAAAAGUUUCUCUUCAGUGAACACUUAGCAAUGGUGCUUCCUGGUACGUAUGCUCAGAAAAUUUAUCAGGAGGAGAAAGGAUCAUUCGACGACUUUGAUACAGGAGGCAAUGAAGAAGUUGACCCUUUCACAAGAAUUAUUGGAUGGAAAGAUGAGGUACAAGAUGGAAGCUUGUCGCGAGACUUACAGCCGUUUUCAGGGGGAAAGCCGAAGGAACAACAAUCGGGUGAGGAUGGAGGAAAAACGCAGACAUUGGCUUCAAAACGCGAUAUCCAUGACACUUUGUCUACACUUUCGACUUCAUCAGAUACCACAACGAGAUUCAAUUCACGCUCGUCAAACACCAGCAAGUUUGUGACAGAAGUUAGAGAUACCUCCGGAGAGACAGACGAACGGGAACCAUAUUUCACGAAACGCACAAUAAUUCCGGCAUUAAGACAAUUUUCUGGUGGCAUUGAUGAUUUCUUUUUACUCAGGGAAGGUCAUAAGAAUUCCUCAAAGUCACCCAGUUCUGGCCAAUGUGCACCAACAAAAAAAGUCGUAAAGGCGGCGAAAGUGCGUCCUUCGGUGUUCACAACAGAGCAGACAGGAUUCAACUCUAGUGAAACGCAAGAUCCAACGGGCUAUGAGUGUCACAGCCAGCUACAUAGUAACUAUCACGUACGGCAGCGUGACAUACCUGUUGAACUGUCAGACGAUUUCCAAGAAAUUUUAGACGAGUUGAUCGGGCAUGUAAAGCCUCUUUUAUCUAAGCUUCAGAGAGCUGGGGUUGUGCCACAAACUAAGACGCUUUCGAACUUAAAUCCAGAGUAUACAAGAUUCGUUUUGAAGCAAACUCAAAUGUCCCUUAAUGAAGGAGAGCACAAAAGUGAUAUUUAUGGCAUGUCUAUAUGCCUGCAUGCGCUUGUCUCUUCUGUUGAUGUUCUUAUGCAUAGUGGUUUGGAAGCUGCAGUAGCCUUCUUCAGCUCAAUAAAUGAAAAGUACAGCAGUUUAAUAGGGGGAGCUCUGGAAUCAACGCGGAGAUACCUCUUCGAAACACGUUUCGCGUUUGAACAGCAGAAAAUAAUUCACCCAAAGCUUUCAAAGCUGCUAACCAUCGUAGCAAAGUGGAGUAAAGAUCAAGAAGCCUGCAGCGCAAACGCUGCUAUCAUCGUUUACACUUUCCACGAAAAGUUAACCAAAGAAAUUACAGAGACAUUGUCAGGUUUACACGGAGUUCAGACCAGGUUAUUUAACAAGGACACAGAAAUCGAUGCUUUGCAGGAAGAAAAUGGACAAAUGGUAAUCUAUGUUGUGAAUGGCUUAGCAGCAAGCGAGGAUUUUCCGUGGGCAAGUUUUGACUUUGUGCUGGACUACAACCUGAGUGGAACAGUAACAAGGGAGGAACUUUCUCGCAGCACAAGACUUAAAUCUCAUGUAAUCUUGAAAACGAUUUCAAAAGUUUCAAUGGGAAAUCAUUUAAGUGAGGCCGAAGACAUUAGUGACGCCAGCUUGUUAAGCGACCAAGAUCAGUACAUUUUCAUCGGCAGUGAAAAAUUUACACAUAAUAAAGAUCUCCUGCAUCUCCUUGAAACUUGCCACAAUGUCAUGAUCUAUGAAAGACGAAGAAGUAAGACAAAGUCUGAAGAUUCUCUGAACAAAGUGCUUCUACAGCCAGACGUGAUGAUUGACGAGAGAACCUGCAUUCAUCUCCAGCAUUUGUCUUCUCUAACAGAUGAGAACGAAUAUAAAGGAUUGAGAGAUGUGGUGCUGUCACUGUCCCUCAAAUGCCACAAGUGUCAUAUUAUCAUGUAUUCUAACAAACAGCCAGACCAUGCCUUUACAGGAGAAGUUCUUCGCCACUUAUCCCUUCUGUUUGCCAGCUGUGCACAUUUUCAAAAGAAUGAGUUUGAAGUGGAGAUCCUGUACUCCUUUACUAUGAAAGAAACUGCUCGUCUCAUCAGACAGAUAGGUGACAAAGCUAAGGCACAGUCUCCAGUGUGGAACAAGAUGGAAUGGCCAAAAAGGAAAUGGUUAACAAACGAAGCAAGUGCGCAUGAGGAGUUCCUGGUGUCACUUCCGUGUAUGAAUUCAUUCAGUGCACAAGUGAUGCUAACCGCUGCCCCACUAGCUGAGCUGUUGAAAAUGUCACCUGAGGAAUUGAAAGAAACCUGUCCUUGGAUUCCGCCGAAAACUCUCUCAGAAUUUUACAAGUCUGUGAACUGGUGUUCUGAGUUAGACCCUGAUAUGCCAGUCUUUUCAAUAGCGCAGCCGUCACUUCAAACUUCCUCACAAAGCUGCUUUGCUGUAGAACCGUCGCCACAUCAAAUGUCCUUGGCUGCCUCAGAGUCCAAUUCUUCCCCUGAUAGCAUGGUUGCUACAAGUGAUGCCUUGGUGGAAUCCACUGACUACAGGCUUAAUGAUCCACCGUCACUUUGGGUAAACAUUCAACAAACGCGAGAAACCACGAGAGACCCUGUGACUGAUAGGGUUUAUCAUACUUACCCUCAAGAUAAACCAGUAACUGAUGACUGGUCUGCUGGCGCCUUUGGAGAUCGCUUGAAUUCUUUUCUCGGCGUUUCUCAAAGAGACGAGGCUGAACAUCACUGCCCUCCGUUCCCAGAUAUUCCUGAUACACAUGAUAGCGAAUGGAGACCCUUGAUAGCGAGAAAUAUAUCUUCAAAGUCAUGGAAGGACAACGUUGAAUCAGAUUUGAGGCGAUGCAUCACAGAGAAAAAGGUACCGUACAUCAGGUAUGAUCACCAAGUAACGUCCAAUUAUCCAGUUAAGAGUCAUUAUUUUUCUGAAUUUCCCGGUUCCUGUCGAUCAAGACCCGAAGAAAUAAGCCAUUUAAGGGAUGACAAUGAAGACUACUUGACGCAUGACGAAGACAUCGACGUGACUGGUCGCUCAGCGAUGUCUUUAAACUUUCCAAUAGCAAGAGGAUCUACGACACACUCUUCGAGAGAACAGAAUGAUCACUUUGACUCGUCUUGGGACAGAAACGUCUGCAGUCGAAGGUACCAGAACCCCAGAGAUUACCGUACUCAUCAGAUACCGCAAGCACGUGUACUGGAUAAAGAUCAUUCAAGCAAACGCGUGAGGCAAGCUGUGCGAGUAUUAGACCUUGGAAACGAGGCUACCCGUGCUGUUCCAACUAAAGUGGGAAUAGCUCAACCACAAAGGAGAGUUUAUGGCUCAUCUGAUUAUCCUCAAGUGUCUGUACCGAGUACAUCAAGUCAAGCGCUAAGAGAAAAUACUGUCGCUAGUAAACACAAACGAGUUAGUCUUGGUAUUGAAAGAUCUACUAACUCUGCGUCAAAAUGUGCACAACAGGUAAGUAUUUCCUGUCACCUCUAUGGUGAUUUACACAGAGCUUGUUUUAAAGGUCGCUUUCCACUGAGUUGCUUAAAAAACAAAGCCGUUUUUUUUUUUCCGAAACGGGGGCGCGAUCUUUCCCCUAUUCACUCCACCAGUGCUUUUCUAACCUUAAUGGAAGGGGAAUCACUCGAGGAACAAGGGAAUCUAUACGUGGUAUUACCAGGGGCAUUAAAAGAUCUAGUUCAAAAUGAUGUGAAGAAUAACUUGUGUUUAUUGAAUCUAUUAGAUCCUGAUGAAUGGUCUUUCUUCCCUUCGUACCUGUCCUCAAAACGGCGUAAGCUGACCUACGAAAAGAUCCCUGGUGUAGAAAGUGGUCAAACUAAGCUUGUGUUCAAGUACGACAAGUAGUUUGGAUCAUUCUUC